AUGAGACAUAUCGCUGGAGCUUCGGGAGUUCUGUCAAGCUGUUGUUUAUGUUUACAUCUUCUGUAAUUAACGCGAAUAGAAAACACUAGGCGCGUGAAUUUAUUUCAUACGAUUGUAUACAGAAAUAGGGUUAACAAAUUCAUUAAAAUUGCAUUCGGAAACAAUGGUGUAAGAGAUACGCGAACGUCUGAAAUCGGUUAACCUAUUCCGCAGUAACCGGAUAUCGCAAAUAUCAAGUAAAAUGAGCGCGUGCAGUGUGGUCACGUCCGAUUUUGUGAAUUUAUCGAUCACAAACUCUGGCCAGGAGUCAUGUUGGGUGGAACGUCGUUUUCAGAAGGGUAUAACUAUCCAUGAAUUUAAGGGCAAACUGGAGCUUCUUACCGGCGGUAACUCGGCCACAAUGACCGUUGAAGUUUAUGAUAAGAAUGACAAGCUCAUUGGCAGAUUGGAGGAAGGACAGCGUCUCUUGGGAUCAUACCCGAUCGACGAUGGGAUGAGGAUACACGUUAUCGAUAAUUUCUCAUGCAUCGCACAAAAUCUAGACGAUGUGAAGAAGUUUGAGAUAUCUGAGGAGGAGUACGCUAAAAAGACAGACACCGUUAAGGCAUUCCUGGAGAAGAAUAAGCUGGGAAAGUACAAUGAGGAAGACACGAGAAGAAGAGCGGAAGAGAAGAAGCUGGAAGAAGAAGCGGAGGAACACUUGGCUGGUUUAUGUAAAGUUGGAGACCGCUGCGAAGUGUCCGUUCCAAAUCAGCCGAGGCGAAGAGCUACUAUCUUAUAUGUCGGUAAAACUGAAUUCAAAGAAGGCUGGUGGAUCGGUGUUAAAUACGAUGAGCCUCUUGGCAAGAACGAUGGGAGUGUCGGUGGUAAAAGAUACUUCGAAUGUCCCCCGAAGUAUGGUGGAUUUGUAAAGCCAGCACACGUGAAGGUUGGAGAUUUUCCCGAGGAAGAUUUCAACAUGGACGAAGAACUGUAAAACAAUUGUCAUAAUUGUCUCCGGACACCUCCUUUUUUUAUGAAAAAUUUAAAACUUGGUGCUUUAUAUCACAUAGUCUUUAAAUGUUAAAUAGAACUUACAAAAAUUAAAAUUCUGUAUUUUACGCUUUAUUGUGUCUGGUCACCAAUCGAUGAGAUUUGUUUUCUAAGUCUGAAAAUACAGAUAUUAAAACAGGAUGAGGUGCGAAGAAUAGUAAUUGCGAAAUAAUAACAGUAUAUGAUUAUCAAAUUACAAAUUGUAUGUCGUAGUGUGCACUCAUGAUUAUCUUCUUCACAUACUUUUAUGGUUUUAUUGGCCUUAUAAUUACGCGAAUGAUUGAUAUAUCAAAUACAAUGUUGAACAUUUUGAUCUUGCUUGAAUAAGUUGAACUGAUAUUUGGAAAUUGUAUCCAGCUUUCCAAUCCUGGAUGCAUAUAAUACUAUUGCUGACAUAGAAAAAGGCUGCAAUUGUUAGUAUUUAGAAUUAGACAAUUAAUCAUAGUUGUUUGUAAACACAAAAUUUGUACCUAUGCUUUCCCUUUGUACAUUUCCAAUUUAGUUUCAAGAUUAUAUCAUUCUUGAGUUAAAUUCGUGACACAGACAUUAAUAUGCGUUUUAAGAGCUUUAAAUCUGUUAAACAAACGAAACACAAGAGAAUGUAAGCAAUUUAUUUCACACAUCUUUGGUUUUAAUUUUUUGUGGACAAUUCAGCUUCCAAUGUUAUCGUUUUCGAUUUUUCGGCUGCAUGAUUUCAGAGUUUAUUCAUUUCUUCUACUUCCUGCAUUGAAACUUCUCGCUCUUUUUCCUUGGUCAUUUUUAAUAAUUGAGAGCGAAGUAUCUGCAAUUCUGCCUGAUGUUUAUCAUCAUGACUAUUUAUUAUAUCCUGUUGUAAUUCAGCCUGCAAAUUAAAAAUAUUUUAAAGACA